GCCGGAAAUGGAUUAGAUGAGAAAUUAGUCGAGAUACAAUGCAAAUUGAUCGAGGUUGGUUCUAAUAUUGCAACUCCACGAAGUUCUUCUAACGAAUCUAAAUUAUCCCAUACAUCUUUCGAUGAUGAAAUUGUUACAACUUUGGAAUCUUGGAUUGAUCAUUAUGAUUCUCAACUUCCUCCAUUGAAAAAUUUCAUUUUACCUUCGGGUGGUGAGAGUGCUGUAUUUUUGCAUCAAUGUCGUUCGAUAUGUCGUAGAGCUGAACGUAUUACAGUACCAUUGAUUGAAGCAAAAAUUGCUGAUAAUGCU